AUGAAUCGGGAGCCGCGUGUGUCACUGCUUCCCACGCAGACGUCGCCAGCUGUCGUCGUUGCGGGCAUCUGCAUUGCGAACUGUGCCAUAUCUAUCGUCAGCACAUGCCUGUAUUACUCCGAGCUUCAUCGUCUGCAUGAGUUUCCUUUUUUCGCUGCCCAGCUGAACGCCGCGAUCGGCGCCUUGCUUUCGGGCUGCUUAUUGAUUGUGAUGCCAAAGGACUCCAGAGCAAGCCCUUGUCAUCUUACUUACUGGUUCCGUUUGGCGGCCCUUCUCUCGGCCCAGAACUGUUUGGAGAUUGUCAGCAUCCCGCGUGUGGGCAAUGAUGAUUUGCCACCAAUUCUGCAACAGGCAGUUGUGCCACUGUCGCUGACGCUGUCCACGCUCAUACUCCGGCGAAGCUACAACAACGUUCAGUUGGUGGGAUCAGCCUGUGUGGUUUUCGGAAUUGUUGUUGGCUUCUUGCCGAGCCUCUUCGCAAUUGACAGCCGAAAGCAGACCCAUGUGGCUUGGGUUUCGGUCUUCCUCGUCUCUCGCCUUCCGCAAGCUGCGGCAAACGUUGUCGCGGAAGGAUUCUUGGAAGGACAUCGUGAUUUCGCUUGGGCUGUACGGGCCACACUCUACACUCAGUUGCUGGGGAUGCAUCUGCCUCAGCUCGUCAGCUUGGGAUGUGCAAUUAUAAUGCAUUUUGGACGCUUCGCGUGCUGUGAGCCUGGCUCGAUCUGGCUCGCCUGGCUCGGCUCGCCACCCGCAGAUUUUCAUCUUUCACGCAAGGUGCUGUGUUUUUGCAACGGUGUGCUGAGCACACUGCUUUUUGCAAUUGCGAUGAGUAUUCGGGCCAUGGCACGGCAGUCGGUGGGGCUGCCUGCAGGCAGGAACGGAUGCUUACCAGCUUCAUGUCGUGCAAGUUUUAGAUUUUGCAGUUUUUGCAUCUCAGCGUUGGCACGAGUUGUGACCGUUGACAGGUGA